AUGAGCUUACCUGAUUGGGUACAGCCUCACUUUAAUAAUACUAUCACUUGGAUCGAUCACACGCUACAGAACAUCGAUUGGGACUACAUGGAGGUAAAUUUCUUUCAAAGUUUGUAUGUUAAGAUUUUCAUGACUAUACUAACAAUUUGUUCUUGGUGUAAUUAGUAUUCUCUUGGCAGGUAAAGUCGUAUAUGACAUGAGAGAUCCUUAUGUUUAGCUUUACAAAAAUUUUUAGAUGCUUGUAUGUAUAUAUGCAAGAACAAACUUUUUAUUUCAGUAUUUAUUUUGGGUAUUUUUGCCGGUAUUUAUCGUGUUUAUUCUGCCGGUCUUGUUGCUGUUUUUUAUUUAUGGGUGUGCCAUCUUUCUUCACAUAUAUGGCUGGAGACAUCGUAUCAUCGAAGCAUAUGCGUCUAGUUAUUGGGACGGUGCCAGAACGUCCAUAGCUUCUUUUUGGGACGGUGUUGGCUGGAUAUGGCACGGUAAGCCAGCUUGUUUUGAACUAAUGUUACGUAUUGUGAGUAACAUAUAAAACCUAAACUUUUAAAAACAUGAUAUAUAAUGUCCAUAAUAUUGUUUGGUGAUUUCAGGGUAUGAAGUACGGGGAAUGGAGAAUAUCCCAAAACACGGUCCAGCACUUUUCGUAGCAUAUCAUGGCACCUUGCCACUUGACAUUUACUAUUUAAUAGCUCGUGUCUUACUUGAACAGAAACGUCAACUUCACGUUGUUGGCGACAAAUUUGUAUUCAAAAUACCAGGUAUGAGGUUAGGCUGAUGUUUCACAUAAUUUUAGGUUGGGGUCGAAUAUGUAAAGUGUUUUGUGUGACGCCAGGGACAGUAGAAGACUGCGUAGCGUGUCUAAAGGAAGGCUGUCUACAGAUCAUAGCUCCUGGUGGAGUCAGGGAGGCCUUGUUUUCUAACCCAGUGACCUACAAAGUAAUGUGGGCUAAGCGACUGGGCUUUGCAAAAGUCGUACAAGGAGCUAAAGUGGUAAGUGGUGAUACGAUAACCACUAUGUCUAUAAUAUAUUUGUAAUACUUUUUUCCCUUUUUUAUACAAUAAUAUUAAACUCAAUUACAGCCUGUAAUCCCUGUCUUCACCGAAAAUUGUCGCGAUGCCUUCAGAACCCCACGGUGGGGCCGCAAACUGUUUAGAGGCCUGUACGAAAAGAGCCGCCUACCAUUGUGUCCUAUAUACGGUGGGUUUCCUGUCAAGAUGAUUACAUAUCUUGGAGAACCUGUCUCUUUCGAUGAAUCCUACACUCCAGAAGAGAUAAAAAUGGUCGUAAAGGAAAAGGUAGGCUACAAACAUUAUUAAAAUUUAUACUUUAGGUUGAAAAUCUGAUCCAAACGUAUCAACGUCUUCCUGGAAGCGUUAUCGCAGCCAUGUGGCAACGUUUCCAAGGAAAGAAAGAAUACAGACGUUUUCCCAAAAUCGCUACUAAUAUCAGGAGCUCAAGAGGCUCUGUGGAGGAAGAGACGUUGCCUUUGACUGAACGAUCCUUCCCAUCAACUGUCAGGAACAGGGAAACAUCGAGAAUUGACGAUCUUUUAAAGUAAGUUAAGUCUUCUAUUAAACAGAGUAUAUCAAUGGCAUUUAAAGGUGGAUUAAUUUCCUUAAUUGAAAUGUUUGCAGCGAAAGCGCGACGAGCAAUUCGUUAGAAGAGGACUCGAUCAGAUUCCCCAUUGACGAGAAAGAAGAUGCAGAUCUCUCCGAGUUUUCCGAGGCUUUACACCACUAA